AUGACAGCAGCCCCUGCCUUUUCCUGCCAGUUUUGUCACUCCAAGUUUGCGUCCCGAAAUGCCAUCUUUCGGCACCUGCGAGCCGAUGGAUGUACCAGUGAUAAUCCCCGGGCGCCCAGUGCUACCACAGAAGACCCCAUUGUCAAGCAAUCCCUGGCCAUUUGGUUUGGAUAUUAUCAUGUUCCUCAUGAUGAUGAUAAUGACAGCAAUCUUUUACAGGGUACCGGUAUAGACAAUGAUUUGGGAUGGAAUGAAUGGGCGGGACAACAAGUCUUUCAGGCGGUCCAACAGACUCUGGAAACAUAUGAGAUCGAGAAAACGAAGAACGAUCCAGAUUCUACGAAUGGCACUGCUAAUAAUAAACUAUUGGACUUUCAACUCCAGGAAAGCCGAACACAGUGCAGUCUGGCGAGAUUACGGGCCAGAAUUCUACAACAAGACCCCGAAUGUCCCGCUGCCACGGAUGUGUUGGUCAUGACGGGAACAUGCCUGCAAUCCUCACUUCCACAAUUGGAGGUGGCUUUAACCAAUCUACCCGAUGCACUGUCCAAUGGUAAUAUUCAAAUAUGGGCUUGCAAACUACUCCGUUCCGAUAUUACACUUCAUGCCGAACGCAGUUGUACCCAGAUGGUCUAUCACUAUUUGGUCCCCUUGGCAUGGAUGCCGGGGGCCGAGCUACUCCAGACCCAGUGGGAAGGAUGGGGACAUCGACCUCCCACCGAUUGUCUCAAGCGGUUCAAGACCGCUCUGAGAGGUGCCGAAUGUGGCAUGGUACCUCUGCCAUCACAACAAAAGAAACAUCAACAACAACACAAAAUGGCCGUCGGUCGCUUUGGACGCUUGGGCGCCAAAGAGCGAAAAGCAUGGCACAACUUUGCCGACCCAACGCUGCGAGGACUUGCGGCACCCAAUCAAGAAUCGGUUUGGAGAGUCGUGGACUAUUGUCGCAUGGUCGGAAUGGUGGACAAUGCAAAUCUGGUGGUGGAGAUCAAGGGAGAUGCUUUUUUACCACAGCAAGUGCGGAGAAUUUUAGGGACAGCCGUGGCUAUGACGCAUGGAUGGAUUCCUAUGGAUGCAUGGGAAACCGCUCUGCGGGAUCCAGCAAGCCUGAUCGAAACUGUCUUGGCACCACCAGGGCGACUCUACCUCUCCGAAUGUCGAUUCCACUUUGAAGAGAGCUUCUCGUCGGGUAAACCAUUGUUUGAAUCCGAUACUUGUGGAAAGGUUCUCAGGUUGGGACUACCGGGAGACAACGGCAACACGCGUCCUCAAGAAUGGGCUCAGCAAUGCUUGCUGAGAAGCCUGUCAUCAGAAGGGACAAAGAGAGCGGAAGACCAAUGGCUGAAGGAUGUCCAAACCAACGUGGCACCAAGAGCAACACAAUCUAUUCAUGAGCUUUUGAAGGUUUCUGUCCCUCGGAGUGAGUUAGACGCUUCGGCUUUAGACCCGGCCCCGCUCGAUUAUAUGGAUGUCUUGACAAAGCUAAGAGACAUUGUCUCGACGGGCAAGUGGCCUGUCACGUCGAUUGCUCGAUCUUCUGUUCUGGCAGAUCAGGGAGGAAAAACAGGAAAGGCAGGAUCUUUUACAGUCAUCAAUAGCAAACUGAAGGAGCAGCUCCAAACUUCGAGUGGAUCCCAAGUGGAACUUCCGCUUGGCAACCAACUAUUCCCAGAUCUCGCCGCAGCGGUUUUUGAGCUGGAAGAACGCAUUGCAGAGCAAACCACAAAAGUUGAUGUAGCUCCCAACGGAAAGAUUGGGUUGUCUAAUGAAUGCACCAGUCGAAGACCUCAAUCAACCCACUGUGCCAUCAACGCCAAUGCCCAAUUUCAGCCGCAUGUCGAUAGUGGACGUGGAGCCGGACAGAGCCUUUCCAUUAUUGUUGGUCUUGGUGACUACCAUGAUGGCGAGCUGAGGGUGGAAGGACUUGCAUGCGACAUUCGCUUCAAACCACUGGAAUUUGACGGAUGGGCACUUCGUCAUUGGACCAAUCAGUACCAUGGAGAACGAUUCAGUUUGGUCUGGUUUACUCCUGAAUUGACAUGA